AUGGAUUCGACCAGUGCUGAAGCUGUUCAUCACAAGAGUGUUACUGAUAUCAACUCAUCUGAAGUCGAAGAACGCUACGGAAAAGAGCGUGCGAAACGAUUACGCGAUGACGGAGUGGAUCAGUUCAUUGAUAUUUCCAGUUCUGAGAAAUAUCAGCAUUUCCAGAAGGAUCCGUGGGCUGAAGAGUCUUCUGUCAAGGAUAUCCGUGAGAUGUUCCCGAAUAACCGAUGCCAUGUACUUAUCGUCGGUGCUGGCUGGGGAGGGUUACUGUAUGCCGUGCGUAUGAUCGAGGCAGGCGUUAAGCCUGAUGAUAUCCGUAUCAUUGAUACCGCGGGUGGGUUUGGCGGUACGUGGUAUUACAACCGGUACCCAGGACUUUCAUGCGACAUCGAAAGUUACUUGUACUUGCCAUUGCUCGAAGAGACAGGCUACAUUCCCAAAUAUCGCUAUGCCCACGGCGAAGAGAUCCGGGAGUAUGCCAACCUUGUUGCUGAGAAAUACAAAAUUGCGGACAGUGCGGUCUUCCUUACCAAGGCUGAGAAGAUGGAAUGGGAUGAGUUGAGCAAAGAAUGGCAAGUGGAGCUUAUACAGCGCAAAGCUGAGCCACAAGUUUUAAAUGUCCGGGCCAGUUUUGUAGCGAUGGUCAACGGCGUAUUAAGCUGGCCAAAACUACCCGGUAUUCCUGGAAUUCUCGAUUACCACGGGGAUGUUUUUCACUCCUCAAGAUGGAAAUAUUCUGUCACGGGUGGAGCCCCAGAAGAUCCAACUCUCGACAAGUUGCAAAACAAGCGAGUUGCAAUAAUUGGCACCGGUGCUACUGCCGUACAACUUGCACCAUGUGUGGCCCGCUGGGCCAAGCAUCUAUAUGUUGUUCAGCGUACACCUGCAGCAGUGGAUGUUCGAGAGCAAUGGAAGACAGAUCCUGACUGGUUUCAGAAGGAAGUAGCUACAUCUCAAGGGUGGCAGCGGGAGCGCAGUCGAAACUUUCACCAGCAUUUCACUACAGCUCAGCUUCCCACACUGAAUCUGGUGAACGAUGAGUGGACUCGUGCUCAGGGAAUGGUACCAAUUGCUGGUAACCCUGAUCCUAGAAGUCCCAAGUCGCCAGAGGAUCUCCCAGCAUAUAUAAAAUUGCUGAAUGACAUUGAUCUUCCACGACAAACGCGAAUCCGUGCACGCGUGGACGAUAUUGUCACUGACCCAAUUAUCGGGGAAAAGCUCAAGCCAUGGUACCCGACAUGGUGCAAGCGGCCCUGUUUCCACGAUGAUGAGUAUCUUGAAAUAUUCAACCGCAAGAAUGUUACACUUGUUGAUACAGGGGGCAAGGGCCUUGAUCGUAUUGCUGGAGAUUCCAUAAUCGCAGAUGACAAAUCCUACCCUGUUGAUAUGAUUAUCUUCGCGACUGGCUUCCGACCACCAUAUGGUGGUACGCCCGCAGAAAAGGCGAAUUUAAAAAUCAUAGGCCGCAACGGCCUCUCAAUGACAGACGAGUGGAAUCGUAAUGGUCCGAGUACAUUGCAUGGGAUUAUAGACUGCAAUUUCCCUAAUCUCUUUCUCUCAGGACCCUGGCAAGCUUCUACCAGCGGGAACUUUCUAUUCAACGACGAUGCUCUGGCAAAACAUACUGCGUAUGUUUUAGCAGAGGCAAAACGGCGAGCCGAUGGGAAGGCUUUCAGCGUGGUGUCAACUCCUGCAGCUGUUGAGGACUGGAGUAUGCAAAUUCUAAUGCGAUCAGCACCCAUGGCUGCGAUUAUUGGCUGUACUCCGAGUUAUUUCAAUCUUGAGGGCGCUCUAGACCGUACACUUCCAUCGGAACAAAUGAAAAUGGCGCGAUCCGGUUUAUGGGGUCACGGAAUUGAAGAUUUUCUGAAGCACAUAGAGGAAUGGCGAGAGGAAGGAACUAUGAAGGGUAUUAAGGUUGAACUAUAG